AUGAAACACAUUAAAAACAUUAUCACACUUGCAGCAAUUUUUCUACUAAUAUUGCAAAGCAAUGCACAACAACUUCCUGGGACAUGGCCUGAGCUGGAUAAACCUCCACCAUACGAUCAGAAAUUUAAUGGAUUAGUCGAUUUCACCAAGGUCCCGAGCGCUCCCGUUAAGAAUUCGGCCGAUGAUUGCGCUCAAGCUAACAACUAUUGCGACUGGUCAUGUACAGGCUGCACUCGUGAUAGUGACAUCGUGGAAUGUCCUAAUAAAGGCGAUUGGGGUCUUAGUUUCGAUGAUGGUCCAUCGGAAUACACUGAUUCCGUACUUGAUUACUUGGCAUCCCAAAAUAUCCGGGUAACUUUCUUUGUAGUUGGUUCACGAGUAUAUGAAAAUCCCGGAAUUCUGCUAAAGGCCGUUCAAGCAGGCCACCAGAUAGGCGUGCACACAUGGUCUCACACCCCUCUCACCACUCAGUCCAACGAGGCAAUUGUCGCCGAAAUGCAGUGGACCGCAGAAGCUAUAAAAGCUGCUGUUGGCGUGACCCCCACAUAUAUGCGUCCACCGUACGGCGACUUUGAUGAUCGCGUUCGUCAAAUUGUCAUCCAACUUGGCUACAAGCCCACCAUCUGGGAUAGAGACACUAAUGAUUGGCUGUCAGAUCAAAAUCCAAGCUUCGAUCUUGACUGGGUCGAAGGUAAUUUCUCUCAGUGGGUAAAAGAACCGAGUACCACGGGACACAUCUCACUUGAACAUGAUCUUUAUAAACAAACCGCUGCACAAGCUCCUAAGGUCGUACCCAUUGUAAAAGCAGCUGGAUACAAUAUUCAACAGAUAGCGGUUUGUAGAGGUGACGAUCAACCAUAUCUUGAAGAUGUGAAAUUAAAUUCUACCAUAGGUGAUAAUAGCACAUCAUUUACCGGACUAUCGACCUCACAAACAGCCACCGAUGGUGGUUCAUUGGAAACCGGUAUUAAUUCUGCCGGUGACGUUCCAACUUUUACAAAUACCAGAGUUGCCUCGACAUCCAUUCCACACGUAUCAAAUGCAAAAACAAACUUACCGUUUUCUUUACUCAUCAUAAUACUAAUUAAUUCUUAUGUAAUAUCAUGUACUGUAUAUAUGCACUGA